AUGGCAUCAUCACUCAAAGACGAGAAGAUCAGUCAAGCAUGUAUCGCCAGCUUGGAGGACUUGCUAAAAAGCGAGGAGAACAAGCAAUGUGCUGAUUGUAACACUAAGGCUCCACGAUGGGCAUCCACCAACCUUGGCAUCUUCAUUUGUAUGAGAUGUUCGGGUAUUCACAGAUCGCUUGGCGUUCACAUCUCAAAGGUCAGAUCAGUUUCAUUGGACAAGUGGACACCUGAACUACUUGAGAACAUGAAGAACAUGGGCAACAAGAAGUCAAACCAAAUAUACGAGGAGUACUUGCCACCUGGAAUCAGGAAGCCAGAUUCUGGCUCUGACUCUCAUGCACUUGAGCAUUAUAUCAGAGCAAAGUAUGAGAGGAAGGAGUUCACCAGACAGGAUGGUGCAUCCACUUCACGUCCAAUCACAAGAAGGGGUGGAGGUGGUGGCUUCAGUGAGACUACCACCAGGAACUACAAUGAGCAGUACAACAGGAACAACCCACAGCGCUCAAACAGCAGCCACAGCAGCCACAGCAGCCACAGCAGCCACAGCAACCAUAAUGAAACCGACAAUGACUUCAUCUACCAUGAGAGUCGAGGUACCUACAGCAACAGCAACAACAAUCAUAGUUCAUCCUAUGACAACAAUUACUCCAAUGGUGGUAGCAGCAGGGGUGGCAACAACAACUACAAUGGUGGCAGCAGCAACAACAGGAGCAACACUCACAGCAACCAAAACUAUAACAACGAUUUCGAUGAUGAGGGAUACUCUGCACCACCAUCAAGAAGCAACAACAACUACAACAGCAACAACAACAACAGAGGUGGCUCAAACAACAACAGCUCAAACCAAAGGGGCAACAACUAUAAUAACAAUACCAACAACAGCCCAAGCCAUCACCAAAACACCAACACCAACAACAACAGAAACAACACCAGUGUGCCUUCUGUACCAAAGCCCACCGCCUCUCUGAUGGACGACCAAUUCGAGUGGCACUCUGCUCCACAAUCUGGCAAGAAGUCGUUGAUCGAUGAUGACUUUAAUCCAUCACCAGUGCAAGCAAAGCCAGCAAUCAACUUUGAUCCUUUGGCUGAGUUUUCGUCAAACUUUGGAGACACCAAUGCACCACGCACUGGUGGCAUGAACAACGGCGGUGGCAUGAUGAACAACGGUGGUGGAAUGAUGAACAACCCAGGAAUGAAUAACGGAGGAAUGAUGAACAAUGGAGGCAUGAUGAACAACGGUGGUGGAAUGAUGAACAAUGGUGGCAUGAUGAACAAUGGAGGCAUGAUGAACAACGGUGGUGGUAUGAUGCCAAUGAACAACGGCGGUAUGAUGAACAACGGUAUGAUGCCAAUGAACAAUGGCAUGAUGCCAAUGAACAAUGGAGGCAUGAUGAACAACGGUAUGAUGCCAAUGAACAACGGAAUGAUGCCUAUGAACAAUGGAAUGAUGCCAAUGCAAGGUGGAAUGAUGCCCAUGCAAGGUGGCAUGAUGCCAAUGAACGGAGGAAUGAUGCCAAUGAACGGUGGCAUGCCGAUGAACAACACCUUCAACGCAUUCCUUCCUCCAGCCGGAGGCAGCAACGUCAUGGGUGGAGGUGCCUAUGGCAACAGUUCAUUCUCUGGUAUGAACGCCAAUACCAACGCCAACGCCAACGCACCAAAGCAAAACAGUCAGUUUGCUUCAUUGGACUCCAAGAUGUUCUCCAACCCAGUCAAGCCAGCUGCUUCGGCCGCCAAGCCAUUUGCUCCAAACAACAACGUAGCCAGUCCUGUCAACAACAACAACAACAACAAUAACCUCAAUGACUUGUUCUUCUAA